CACUGCUCUCGCCCACUUGCCCCAGAGCCGCUGCGCCACGGCGGGAGGCGGAGGUGCCCUGCCUGUAGUUCAGGCCGGCAGGCGAAGGGAGGUGAAGAGAAGAGACUCAGCAGCUUUGCAGUGCAUUCUCAAAGAGCUGUGUUCAACUGCAGAAGCAGGCUCUCCUCAAUAAUGGCAGAACAGGUAUCUGAAGAAAUAGCCUGAAAAUGAACUUCUUCCUGGAAACAUUAAAAGUGAUUGUACUUUUAGUUUACUACUUACUGGAGUCACUGGUGUUCUUUGUUAUUCCUGGACGGAAGAAGAAUGUUAGUGGUGAAAUCGUAUUAAUAACAGGAGCGGGAAGUGGCAUUGGAAGACUCUUAGCAGUGAAGUUUGCCAACCUUGGAGCCACGGUGGUCCUCUGGGAUAUUAAUCAAGAGGGGCUCAAUGGCACAGUUAGACUUGCUAAGGAAAAAGGAGCAGGAAGAAUACACUCUUAUGUCUGUGACUGUAGCAAAAGACAGGAUAUCUACAGAGUAGCUGACCAGGUUAAAAAAGAAGUUGGCGAUGUCAGCAUCUUGAUCAACAAUGCUGGUAUUGUAAUUGGGAAGAGAUUUCUUGAUUCUCCAGAUUCACUUUUAGAAAAAACCAUGGAAGUGAACACAAUGGCACACUUCUGGACUUACAAAGCCUUCCUCCCAGCAAUGAUUGCCGCUAACCAUGGACACUUGGUUAGCAUAGCAAGCUGUGCAGGACUGUGUGGAACCAGUCAGGCUUCAGAUUACUGUGCAAGUAAAUUUGCAGCAGUUGGUUUUGCAGAGUCAAUUGAUAUAGAGAUGAGAACUCUGAGAAAGACUGGUGUUAAAACCACAAUUGUGUGUCCUUAUGUCAUAAACACGGGAAUGUUUGAUGGUGUUAAAUCCAAGUGGCCAUGUGUGAUUGAUGUUCUGGAUCCAGACUAUGUGGCUGAGAGGAUAAUCAGUGCUAUUCGUCAAAACCAAGAAAUCCUGUAUUUGCCACGCAUCGUUCAUGUUUGUAUUUUUUUGAAAAGCUUCCUACCAGUGAAAGCAUUCGUUCUCCUUCUCGACUACUUUGGAUUCCUUGAUCUCAUGAAUACCUUCAAAGGUCAACCAAAGAAGGAGUGAAAAAGCACAAAAUUCAGAGACCAGCAGCUCUAAAGUGGGUGCUGAAGUUAGUUAAAGGUGGUGGUGGGAAAAGUUCGCUUCACUAGCAGCUGUGAACUUUGGGUGCCUCAUUUCUCAAUAGUAACAAGAUUUUUAAAAGUUGCUUUUUAAUUGGCUCCUGAUCAACAGCUUUCAUCUAAAAUAGUGGUUUUGAAUUGUUUUCUUUUCACCUCAUUAUGAAAAUAUUUGAUAAAUAAUUGAAUUUAGUUGCUUUGGUUUAUAAUGCCUUAAAUGGGAUCCUGCAUCACAAACCAAUAACUGGCAACUUUGAGGAGAAGAAAAGACCAAGAAACCACAUGUAUUUAGCAGGCAGCCAGAAAAGCCUGUAGUGGAUCUGACUUCUUGCUGCCAUGCAGUGAACCAUGAGGAUGGGCUGUACUGCUGGUGCCAUUACCAUUCCCUGGUAAGCUGAGGAAUUCAAGAAAUUCCUCAAACAAAAGAUUCUAACUCUUCCAAAUAAAAGUUUUGGGAAAUAAAAAUAUACACUGUGUUGGUGAAAAAAACAAUUAUAUUUAAUAAUUUUUGGAGGUGGGAUUUCUCAACUCUCAGAUGAAAAUGGAUGUUGGGACAGGGAUAGGGAAGGAUAUGUAAAUUAAGGUAAACUAUGUUGUUAUAUCAGAAAGGUUCUAUUGUCAUUAUAUUGCAAAGGUUCCAUAUUGCAAGAGUUUUAUACCUCCUUGAUGUUUCUCGUAGGCAGUUCCUCUAAGCACUGACUCUUCCUUCUUCUUGCAGUAGCCAACUGACUCCAGUUCCCCCUCAACCAACCAACCCACUCUUUUAUAACACUCUUCUUCUUAUUGGCUACAGCUGCGGCCUGUUAGAGCCAGGCCUGUUCCUAAUCUCUAGUAAUUGGCUCAGCUGCAACUCCUUAGGGGUAAGAUUACUUUCUAUACUACCUUUAAUUUCUUAUAUUGUAUCCCCCUACAAAACUAAGCAUUUGUGUUGCUAAUCUUUGUGUCUAAUUAUUUUAAAAGUUAAUACUAUGACUGCAACUUCGUAACAGAGGUCUUUGUAUCUUUUAAGUACAGUAUUUUAAGAACUAAUUUAAAUUGUCAUCUCCUAAGAAGAAUAAAGCAUGAGACUGCCAGUCUA